GUCCAACGCGACCACGAGCACUGCACGAGAAAACGCGUCGGGCAGCGCGUAGGCGUAUAUAUGUGAUCCACGCUGGUUGUUGUCCUGUCUUCUCCCUCUCUACACUCCCUUCCUCGACUUCACUACGCCCUUCUUCAAUUGCCUGCAUAUCUUGGUACUUUAGAAGUACUGGUCAGUCCAGCAGAGCAGGCUCUCUCAUCUCCUAUAUCCAUCUCGUUUUCGAGUUGCCACCAAUUUUCAAUCACAUUGAGCACGACUCGGUAGUCGAUUCAGUCCGGCAAGAUGUUUGUUUUCAAGCGAGAUGGACGCAAGGAACGCGUACAGUUCGACAAGAUCACUGCCCGCGUCUCGAGACUGUGCUACGGUCUUGACCCGGAGCAUGUCGACGCAGCAGCCAUCACACAGAAGGUCAUCUCUGGUGUAUACCAGGGCGUGACCACAAUUGAGCUAGACAACCUGGCCGCAGAGACUGCUGCGUAUAUGACGGUCACCCACCCUGACUAUGCCAUCCUCGCGGCUCGUAUUGCCGUUUCCAACCUCCACAAACAGACCAAGAAGCAAUUUUCUUCGGUGAUUUCAGAUCUCUACCACUACGUCAACCCCAAGAACGGGAAACCCUCUCCCAUGAUCUCGACAGAGACAUACGAAUGCGUGAUGAGACAUCAAGACGAGCUCAACUCGGCCAUCGUGUACGACCGGGAUUUCAACUACCAAUACUUCGGGUUCAAGACGCUGGAAAGAUCAUACCUCUUGAAGAUUGGCAAGCAAGUUGCUGAACGGCCACAGCACAUGCUCAUGAGAGUUGCUGUGGGCAUUCACGGAGACGACGUUGAGAAGGCCAUUGAGACAUACAACCUCAUGUCGCAGAAAUGCUUCACCCAUGCAUCUCCCACCCUCUUCAAUGCCGGUACACCUCAGCCCCAGCUCUCGUCGUGCUUUUUGAUCGACAUGAAAGAGGACAGCAUUGAGGGCAUCUACGACACUCUGAAAACGUGUGCACUGAUCUCCAAGACUGCCGGCGGUAUUGGCCUCAAUGUCCAUUGCAUUCGUGCCACCGGUUCAUACAUUGCUGGCACGAACGGCACGUCCAACGGUUUGAUCCCUAUGCUGCGAGUUUUCAACAACACCGCUCGCUAUGUUGACCAAGGUGGCAACAAGCGUCCCGGUGCCUUCGCCAUCUACCUGGAGCCAUGGCACGCCGAUGUCUUCGAGUGGCUGAACCUGAGGAAAAACCACGGCAAGGAAGAAGUCCGUGCACGUGACUUGUUUUACGCUUUGUGGACCCCGGAUCUCUUCAUGAAGCGUGUCGAGAAGAACCAGGACUGGACCCUGUUCUGUCCGCACGAGGCCCCGGGUCUUGCUGACGUGUACGGCGACGAGUUUGAGGCCCUGUAUGAGAAGUACGAAAAGGAAGGCCGUGGUCGUCAGACCAUCAAGGCCCAGAAGCUGUGGUACGCCAUUCUCGAAGCCCAGACCGAGACCGGCAACCCUUUCAUGCUGUACAAAGAUGCCUGCAACAAGAAGAGCAACCAAAAGAAUCUCGGCACGAUCCGAAGCUCCAAUCUCUGCACCGAAAUCGUCGAGUAUACCGCUCCAGACGAGGUGGCCGUGUGCAAUCUUGCCUCUCUGGCCCUUCCUACUUUUGUCGAUCAAGCCCGUGGUGAGUAUGACUUUGGACGUCUCCACGAGGUCGUCCAGGUCGUCACCCGUAACUUGAACAAGAUCAUCGACAUCAACUACUACCCUGUUCCCGAGGCAAAGAACAGCAACAUGAGACAUCGACCAAUUGGUCUUGGUGUCCAGGGUCUCGCAGAUGCGUUCCUUGCUCUGCGUCUCCCCUUCGACUCGCCUGAGGCUCGGCAGUUGAACAUCCAAAUCUUUGAAACCAUCUACCACGCCGCCUUGACCGCAUCUUGCGAACUCGCCAAAGAGCAAGGCCCUUACUCGACGUAUGAAGGUAGCCCUGUUUCGCAAGGCAUUCUUCAGUACGACAUGUGGAAUGUCACCCCGACUGACCUAUGGGACUGGGAUGCUCUGAAGGCCGAGAUCGCCAAGCAUGGAGUGCGCAACUCUCUACUCGUUGCGCCCAUGCCUACUGCUUCCACGUCGCAGAUUUUGGGCAACAAUGAAUGCUUUGAGCCGUACACAUCCAACAUCUAUUCUCGUCGCGUGCUGGCCGGCGAGUUCCAGGUCGUCAACCCUUGGCUGUUGAAGGAUUUGGUCGAUCUCGGCCUGUGGUCGGACAACAUGAAGAACCGCAUCAUCGCCGAAGGUGGUUCGAUCCAAAACAUCCCCAACAUCCCCGCAGACAUCAAGGCUCUGUACAAGACCGUAUGGGAGAUCAGUCAACGGACGGUUCUUCAGAUGGCCGCCGACCGUGGCGCCUUCAUCGACCAGUCUCAAUCACUCAACAUCCAUCUCAAGGAGCCUACCAUGGGCAAGAUCACCUCGAUGCAUUUUGCCGGCUGGAAGAUGGGCCUGAAGACCGGAAUGUACUACCUCCGCACCAUGGCUGCCAGUGCCCCCAUCCAGUUCACCGUCGACCAAGAGCAGCUCAAGGUCGCCGACACCAACAUUGCCCGUGAACGAAGCCAGCCCAAGAAACGCACGUCGCUGGGCUUUGGACCAGGUCACAACUCUGUUCCCCGUCCAAUGUACGCGUCCAAAUUGUCGCAGCAGGGGCAGCAAUUUGGUGAUUCCACGUCGACUUCUUUGAGCAACGGCAUUCCUACACCUACUUCGACCCCUCCUCCUUCUUCCAUUGGUGAAGAGAAAAACCUCGAUGUCGUCAGCAAGCUGGCCAAGACGCGUCUGAGCGAAGGCUCCAGCAGUGAAGAACCCAGCCCCAAAGUCCUACCCACGGACCCAGUGGGUGCUCCUCCUGUCGAGGAAAGUCUCGAGAAUAGAGAACAGGUCAAGAGAUCCCAGGUCGAAGAUAAGGAGAGCGACUCGGAAGAGCGCGAGGGCGACAUCUAUUCCCAGAAGGUCAUUGCUUGCUCGAUUGAAAACGGCGAUGCUUGCCUGAUGUGCAGUGGUUAGAAGUGCUUUUGCUUUUCUAGCUUACUGUCCUCACUUUAGUCAUGUCGGAGAAGACCCCUGUUCCACUUGUCGUGCUAUAUGGUUGCCAGCCCCUGUGCUGAGGUCACUCAAGACUGGGGCGUGCGUGGGACGGGUCUUCCAAAGUCACGGUGUACACACACAAUCUACCCUGUCCGUUCAUCCCGGGGUGGAUGAUAUGUUUCAUAGUUUUGGCGGUACUAGUGGCUUAUCGUCUAAGUCGCCUACAUGUUUAUGGUUAUGGUUUAUGGGUUCAAGGGGCGUCUGGGUUGGAAAUGCUUGCUUUGCAUGUUUCUGCAGUGGAUGCAGCGCCGCACUGUACUGAUUGAUGGUCUAAAUUUUUUGGACUGUGUAGUAGUCCCAAUUGAAAUCGUGAAAUAAUUCAGAUUGCUCGGUUGUACUCCUUACAGUGUUGUUUGUAUAUUCCAAUGCCAGGAAUUGAAGGGAAGAUAUACUGGGCGUGUUCACAGGGGAUUAAGAACUCAUAGAGUCAAAUCGAUCUCUCAUUUCA